AUGCCAAUGGACAUAGACGAAUAUAUGAAAUUGUGCACCAAAGAAACUUCGCAAGACAGCAUACAAGCGUGUAUGAUUGGAAUUCAGGCACAAGAACCGUGGAUUACUGCGAUCACAGCAAAUACCGAGGUACUGAACACAAGCGAAUUGAUACCCGAAUUAAGUGCGCUACAAAAAUUGGACCCUAACGAAUUUAUUCGAGCUCAAGACAGCGAUCUGUGCAUCGGGAAAAUCCGCAUGUUAAAGGCAAAGAACACAUACCCAACAGAGGAAGAGAUAAACCGUCUAACACCAGAGGCUAAAACUUUGCUGAGAGAAUGGAAAAGAUUAGAAAUAGGAACUGACGGAAUAUUGAGGAGAAAACGAGGACCAGUGAUGCAAUUGGUGCUGCCACAUUGUUAUCGUAUGACAGUUUACAAAGAGCUUCAUCAGAAUAUGGGUCACCUGGGAGCUGAAAGAGUAGUUGAGCUUGCAAGGGAAAGGUUCUUUUGGCCACACAUGCAAAGGAACAUUACGCACUUUGUAACCAAGGAAUGUAGCUGUGUGAAACAACGAGCUCCAGCAAAGAAAAUGCGCGCCCCAUUGCAAAUAUAACUACUUAUGCGCCACUUGAACUCGUCUCAAUGGAUUUCCUACAUCUUGAACGAAGCACUGGCGGGUACGAAUACAUUCUCGUAAUAGUCGACCACUUUACUCGUUUCGCACAAGCGUAUCCAACCAAGAAUAAAGAAGCGCGAACUGCCGCAGGAAAACUGUACAACGAUUUUAUUCUUAAAUACGGAUUUCCAAGCCGGAUUCUACAUGAUCAGGGACGGGAGUUCGAGAAUAAAUUAUUUCAUCAAUUAGAAAAAUCGUCUGGGAUAAUUCGAUCGAGAACAACACCGUAUCACCCACAAGGCAACGGUAAAGCAGAAAGAUUCAAUAGAACGCUUUUGUCCAUGCUAAAGACACUGCCAGAGAAUCAGAAAAGACGAUGGGACCAACAUGUCUCGAAAGUUGUCCACGCAUAUAAUUGCACGAGAAAUGAUGCUACCGGUUUCUCGCCAUUUUUCCUACUUUUCGGUCGUUCUCGAAGAUUACCGAUAGAUUUGAUGUUUGGUUGUAACAAAGUUGAAGACAGACUCAACCACAAAGAUUAUGUGAAAAAGUGGUCUAGUGCAAUGAAUGACGCUUAUACUUUCGCCAGCGAACAUGCUACUAAAAACAGUUCAAAAGGAAAGAGACAUUAUGAUAAAGGUGCGAGAUAUUCUACGUUAAAGCCUGGUGAUCGUGUACUAGUAAGGAAUUUAAGUGAACGGGGUGGUCCUGGGAAGUUGCGAUCGCACUGGGAGAAAGACAUUCACAUUGUUGUAAAUUGCACGCCGGACAGUCCCGUGUAUGAAGUGAAACCAGAAGCGAAAGACGGAAGGAAACGAUUACUUCAUCGGAAUCUUUUGUUACCGUGCGAUUUCCUACCACUCACACCGGAACUACCAGAAAAAACAAUUCCAAAAUCCGUUGAAAAGAAGGGUAAAGGCCCAAUUGAAACUGCACGCAGAACAGCAGAACAGUGUGAAAGUGAUAGUGCAUGAUGACUCGGAGAUUUUGAUUCAAAUAUUACCUGAACAGAGAAAUUUUGAAAAUGAUUCAUUACAAGGAAACGAAGCGGUUGAUCGAAGUGAACCUAAUACGGCGGAUCCAGCAGACGAUAUAGCGCAAAACGAAGCUGCAGAGAACACUCAGGAGCCUAACCUGAACACGCAGCUGGAAGAGCAACAAAAUGAAGAACCAAUGCAACCUGCAACCGAAUCCCCACCUGCCCCACCAACACGACGGAGUACGCGAGUAAGGUAUGCACCAAACCCUUUAAAUUACAACCACCUUGGAAACCCAGAACAAUUCGUGUCGUCAGUUAAUGCAACACCAACCUUUUCCCCAUUUACCUAUCCACAGAGUUACCCACUGCCGCCACCGGCGCCAUUUAUUCCACCACCAUGGUUCUCUCCGUGGACCCCUCCAUUUCCUCAUCCCUUCUACCCUCCAGUAAUCUACCAAUGUCCGUGCUGGAACUCACAUUAUUUGAUGCCCUUUAACAUGGGUUACUAG